AUGGAAUGUGGCCCCCUUGUAUCCAAUAGGUUUGUUGUCCUUGCGGUACUCUCCGGUGCAGAAUUGGCGGAAGUUUUCUGCCGUACGCGGACAGACAUCAGCGAAAAGUUCAAGAGUUAUGCGCCCGAUCUCUCUUUGUCCGAAGCUGACAUCGAGAAAGACGAUGGGGUUUUCGUCUUCGUGAUGGCGGAGUGCAUCCGUUGGAUCGCCGACCGGUACUGCCAUGCUCGCAGAGGAUUCCGAGAGCUACGACUCGUGCUCCGAUGGGGUGUGAAGGUCACUGCGUCUUCGUUAAUCCCAUUUCACAUGUGGGAAGCCUCUCGAGCCGGAGGGAAUAGCUGA